GCGUUCUGGAUAUCAAGUCAGAACCCUUUACAGAUAUACCAGGAUCAGUUUAUGAUAUUUUUAAAAAACCAUUUCAAAAAUAUAAGUUAGAACAGAAUCAUAAUAUAAUAGAAUUUUGUAAAGAAUUUAUCUGGAAUGAGAAAUCGAAAAUUAAUAUAGAUGAGAUUUUGGGUAAUAUUAAUUAUGACGAAUGGUUGGAUAAAUUUGAGAAAUUAUAA